GGCGUCUUGCAAAGACCUCGGCGUCUCGCCAUAGCUUUAUCCCUUUGUAAUCAUCAGCUUACUGUAGCAUCGAAUAUUCAAGAAGUAAUCAAGUCGCUCUGUAUUUAAGACGGCAGAAUCUCAGGUUCAGAUCACCGCGCAAUCGCAAAACACCUACUUCAACCAUCUUGCAUAUCCUCUAAUGGCGACCUCAACACCUAUUCCCAUCCUCACUAUUUCCCUUGCUCGUUAUCUCCACGGGUACGGAGCAGCCGAAAGUCUGGCAGAACAAUGGUCCGAGACCAAAGUCCCUGCUUCGACAUCAUCCCGCUUCGCCAACAUCGGGUUUGACCUUGACGCCCAGGGCGCCAACCUCGGCGAGCUUGAGUCGCAGCUGAAAGAGAGAGAGUGGAGUGGAAUCAUCGUCGGAUGGUGCUCUCGUGGUAACAUUGAGUUCACUGAGCUAUUCGAAUCGGUCGUUACGAUCUGUGUCGACUACAUCGUUGAAAGGAAGAAGGGGGAUGUUUCGCAGAAGGAACCGAAGCUGAUCUUUUGUCGUGGGCCGGAUGAUUUCGUCAACGCGACGGUGCGCAAUUUUCCCAAUUAAGAUUAAGAGAUUAGAGUAGUCCUUGGUUUCAAUCACCUCGUCAAUUCGAAUUGCCAGAAGAUAAGAUUAUUAAGAACAGUG